CAAAUCCAUUCCAUUCACAAUGAACACCAGAAACCAGACUCAUCUCCACUGUUUCAUCUUUCUAUUCUGCAUGGCCACCUUUGCAUGUUCUUCAACCUCUCAGAACAACACAGACCUUGAAGCUCUCUUAUCUUUCAAGAACUCCAUUUCUGGAGGCUUGUCCUCAUGGAAUGACUCCCUCCAUUACUGCCAAUGGCCUGGUGUUGCUUGUGAUAAUAAUGGCAAAGAAUUUAGAAGAAGAAGAAGAAGAAGAAGAAGAAGAAGAGUCAUUUCCUUGCAGCUAAGCUCACUUAGCUUGACAGGAAACAUAUCUCCAUACUUGACUAAUCUCAUCUUCCUCCAAACUCUCAAUCUCAGCAACAAUGAACUCCAAGGUACACUUCCUGAAAACCUCAGCAACUGGACUUACAUUCAAAGCAUAGACCUGAAGAGCAACAAGCUUGAAGGAGAGAUCCCUGAACAGUUUGGGUCUCUUCAGAGUCUCAAGGUUUUAUCUCUUGGCACUAAUAAUCUCAGAGGAAGCAUCCCUUCAUCCUUUGGUAAUCUCUCUCUUCUCACUGAUCUUGAUCUCUCUUUCAAUGAUCUUUCAGGAAGUAUACCAUCUCAGUUGGGUGGUCUCUCUAGUCUCACUUAUCUUAAUCUUUCUAAUAACACUCUUGAAGGAACCAUACCAUCUUCAGUAUGGAACCUCUCUGCUUUAGUGUACUUAAAUUUGGGUUGGAAUUUCAAGCUUUCUGGAACUCUUCCAAAGGAAAUGGGCCACCUUGUGUCUAAUCUUCAGUUCAUCUCCUUGUCCACCAAUUCUUUUCAUGGCUCCAUUCCUGCAUCUUUGUCCAAUGCUUCCAGUCUUCAAUCUGUUGAAUUUAAGAGCAAUUUUUUCACUGGAAAGAUCCCUGCAAGUCUGGGAACUUUGCAGAAAAUGACCAAUCUCAAUCUUGUUUAUAACCAUUUGGAAGCAAAGGAAGACUCUGAUUGGAGUUUCCUCCAUGCUCUGACCAACAACACUAAUCUGAAGAAAUUAGAGCUUAGUUGCAAUGAAUUUGAAGGUCUGCUACCAAACUCCAUUGUUAACCUUUCAACAGGACUGGAGGUUCUGUCAAUGGGGUAUAGCUUGUUGUCUGGCAGUAUACCUGAAGGGAUUGGAAAUCUGAUAGGUUUGGAAGUGAUUAUCAUGGGUCCAAAUCUUUUCACUGGUUCUAUACCUUCAUCCAUUGGAAAGCUUAAAAAUCUUAAUAUUUUGGCCUUGGAUUUCAACUAUCUCUCUGGGAUAAUCCCAGCCAGCAUUGGCAACUUCACUCAUUUGUAUAGAUUGUUUUUGGAAUCCAAUCAACUCAGUGGAAGCAUUCCUGUAACCAUUGGGAAUUGCCAGAAGAUGGAGUACAUCACCUUAUCUGAUAAUCAUCUUAAUGGUAGCAUACCCAAAGAGAUUUUCAGUAUCCCUUCUAUCACUAUAGGUAUUGAAUUGUUCAACAAUUCAUUGACAGGGCCAAUUCCAGUGGAGAUUGGAACUUUGCAAAAUUUAGGCAAGUUUGAUGUCUCUCUGAAUAAACUCUCUGGUGAAAUCCCAACUUCUCUUGGCCAAUGCAAGAGUUUGGAGUACUUGUACAUGAAUGGGAACUCAUUCACUGGAGCCAUUCCAUCAACUUUGUCUUCAUUGAAAGGCUUGCAAGAAUUAGAUCUUUCUCAUAAUAACUUUUCAGGUCCUGUUCCAAGUUUCUUGGAGGAAUUCAAAGGUUUAUCUUCUUUGAAUCUCUCAUUCAAUGGCUUUGAAGGAGAACUGCCUAAACAUGGGGUCUUUGCCAAUGUGAAUAAAAUCUCAGUCCUUGGAAAUUUUCGGCUCUGUGGAGGGAUUCAAGAGUUGAAGUUACCACCAUGCCCUUUCCAUGCUCAAGCUUCUCGGAAAAAACAUCAGUUUCCUACACUUGCGGUGAUCCUUCCAAUAACAAUCGGUGCAUUGAUCUGUUUCAUCGUGUUUUGUUGUUUGAUUGCUAGAAAGAAACUAUCAAUGAGUUCAUUGUUAAAAGAACAGCAUAUGAAGAUCUCUUGCUUUCUAAUGAGGGUCUCUUAUGCCGAGCUUUUCAAAGCAACCGAUGGUUUCGCCGUGGCUAACUUGGUAGGGACUGGUAGCUUUGGGUCUGUAUACAGAGGAUUGCUGGCCAUUGAUGAUGAAAACAAGGUUGUUGCUGUGAAAGUACUUGACUUGAAUCAAAGAGGAGCAUCCAAGAGUUUCAUGUAUGAAUGCGAAGCUUUGAAGAACAUCCGACACCGAAAUCUAGUCAGGAUUAUAACAGCAUGUGCUAGUGUGGACAUCAGAGGAAAUGAUUUCAAAGCCAUAGUUUAUGAGUUCAUGCCUAAUGGAAACUUAGACCAAUGGAUGCAUCAUGAAGACGUUGAGCAGGACCAGCCGAAGAAAUUGAAUCUGAUGCAGAGGUUGAAUGUUGCUGUUGAUGUGGCUUCUGCACUGGAAUAUCUUCAUGAUCAUCAAGGACAAACACCAAUUGUUCAUUGUGAUCUGAAGCCAAGCAAUGUGCUGCUUGACAGUGAUUUGGUUGCUCAUUUGAGUGACUUCGGGUUAUCGAGAUUUUCAAUAACAAGUGUUAGCAAGUCCUCUGAGAAAUCAAGCAGUUCUUUUGGUUUGAGAGGAUCAAUUGGUUAUGUUGCUCCAGAGUAUGGAGUUGCCAACAAAGUAUCUAUUCAUGGAGAUGUGUAUAGCUAUGGAAUACUUCUGCUAGAGAUGUUUACAGGAAAGAGGCCAACUGAUGAUGAUUUCAAGGAUGGAAGAAGUCUCCAUAAAUUUGUCGAAAUGGCGUUUCCUAAUAAGGUUAUGGAUAUUAUCGACUCAUGUUUGAUCGAAGAGGCAAUUGAGAAUGAUGAAAGAAAUAUGAGAAACAGAGGCUCUGCUCUUGAUUGCAUGGUUUCAGUAAUUAGAAUUGGCCUUCUGUGUUCAAAGGAAUCACCUCUGGAGAGGAUGCCAAUGAGAGAUGUCUCCAAGGAAAUGCAUGCAAUCAGAGAUGCCUUUCUCCGGAGUUGCCGAAUAAUAUAACCAUUUGCAUUGCAAUAUUCAUUGUUUUACAGAGAGAAACAACAUCAAAUAUAAAAGAUUGUAAGUUAUCAAUGAAUUACAGAAAAAGAGAUUGUGUGUUCUUGAUGAACUGCAAGAAAAAAGAUGAAAAAUGUUUACUCUGUUUUGUUUCUGUAUUUCCAUUAAAUGUUCAAUGUUUUACAGAGAAAAAAUAAAAUAAAAUACAAAGAAGAGAUUGUGAGCUUUUGAUUAAUUGCAGAAAAAAAAAGCAUUCACUCCAUUUUAUUUCUGCAUUUAAAUUAUAAUGUUCAAUGUUUAACAGAGAAAACAAAUAAAAAGUAGAGAUUGCUAGUUUUUUAUCAUUUGCCAAAAA